GGCUGAGAUCCAGGCCUCCUGUGAGGACAGAGAGGAUGAGGCUCACCCUCCCCCUGUGAUCCAUGUGGACCCCGACGCCUGUGUCCUCCCAGAUGCCGCGCUCUGUGCCUUCACGGUGCUCGAUGACAUGCUGGUCACCCUGGUACAGGGCCCCACCCAGUGGAAGAUGCAGCUGUUUGAGCGCCCCUGUCCAGGGGAGGCGCCUCGGCCCGGAGGGCAGAUUGGUGAGGUGGAGUUGUCCACCUGCACCCCUCCAGGUGGGGUGCCAGGGAAGCCUGCAGCCCCCUGCUUCCUCCCGGUGCUGUGCUGCACGUUCCCACCAGACUCCAGGGCUCCUCACGGUCACCCCCAGGGCUGUGGCUGCCUCACACUGGAGGAGGCUCUCUUUGGUCUACUCUUUGGAGCCGACGCCACCCUCAUGCAGUCCCCUGUGAUCCUCUGCGGUCUCCCUGACGGCCAGCUUUGUUGCGUGGUUCUGAAGGCCUUGGUCACUUGUGGGUUAGCCCCUGGUGACCCAAAGGUCUUAGUCAAGAUCCUCCAUCACCUGGAGGAGCCUGUGGUCUUCAUUGGGGCUGUGAGGGCGGAGCCUCAUGCUGAGGAAGAGCAAAGAGAGCCGCUGCCUGAGGAGAAUGUGCACUCUGACUGCCUGGUAGCCCUCGGCCACCAAGGCCGGACGCUGGCCAUCAAAGCCGGCUGGAGUGAGUCAGGGACUCUAGUACCAGAGCUUCGUGAGUACUGCCUCCCGGGGCCUGUGCUCUGUGCUGCCUGUGGCCGGGAUGGCCGCAUGUACCACAGCACCCCCUCAAACCUCUGUGUGGUAGACCUGACUCGGAGAGACACUCCCUGGAGCCCUGAGAAGGCAGACGGGGCGAUAGGAGGUCUGCCCUCCAUGCUGUGCCCAGCCAGUCUGAACAUCUGCAGUGUCCUCACUCUGACUGUGUCAUCAGGGGCAUCUACAGGUGGCACUGAGCUCCUGGCCCUAUCUUCUAAAGGGCGCCUGAUCACCUGCAGCCUGGACUUGAACUCUGAGGUGCCUGUGCCUCCCAAAAUGACAAUGGCCAAUGCAGGCCAGAAAAUUAAGGAGCUGCUCUUGGACAUCGGUGAUGCCUCUGAGAGGGUGUCCUUCCUGAAGAAAGCUGUUGACCAGCGCAACAAGGCCAUAACAAGCCUCAAUGAGGCCAUGAAUGUGAGCUGUGCCCUGCUGUCCAGCCAGGAGGGAGUCCGGCCCAUCUCAUGUACCAUCACUACCUCCUGGAGCCGCCUGGAGUUACGAGACAUGCUGAUGGCCACCUGUACACUGGAGAACAGUAGCAGCUUCAGCCUGGACCAGGGCUGGACCUUGUGUAUUCAGGUGCUUACUAGUUCCUCUGCCUUGGAUCUGGAUGGGGCUGGCUCGACUUUUACCUAUACCAUUCCAGUGGACAGACUUGGCCCAGGCAGUCGGCGUGAAGUGACAUUGCCCCUGGGCCCUAGUGAGAGUGGCAUGCUCGACCUGCCAGUGACCAUGUCCUGCUGGCUUUUCUACAGUCUCAGGGAGGUGGUGGGUGGGGCCCUGGCCCCCUCCGACUCUCUAGAGGUCCCCUAUCUGGAGACGCUCCCUCUCAACCUCCCUAAGCAAGAGGGGGUCUGCCUGCCCCUGUGCAAGCGCACAGUGGACAUGCUGCAGUGUCUGCGCUUCCCGGGUGUGUCCUCACAACAACCUGCACGGGCGCCCUGCGUGCCUGGCCCUGCCUGUGAGCCUGUGGAAACCUUCCUAAAGACCUGCCAGACCCCUGGCAGUGAGCCAGCUGGCGCUGCCUCCCUUCGGGCCAAGUACCUGCCUCCGUCUACAGCAUCCAUCAGAGUAUCAGCCGUGCUGCUCAGAACUGCGCUGGAGGGUGGUCACUCAGGUUCCCACCUUUGCAGCGCCACCCUGCAGUGGCUCCUUGCCGAGAAUGCUGCUGUGACUGUCGUAAGGGCCCAGAAACUGUCCUCCAUCCAGGGAACAGCCCCAGAUGGUACCGAUGUCAACCUCACCGUCCGUGAGGUAUCUGUGACUGACUUGAGCCCCGCAGGGCCCAUCCAGGCUGUGGAGAUCCAAGUGGAGAGCUCCUCUCUGGCCAACAUGUGUAGGGCCCACCAUGCCAUCAUCAGACGGAUGCAGACUAUGGUCACAGAGCAAGCUGCCCAAGGCUCCAGCCCACCUGACCUCCGAAUGCAGUAUCUACACCAGAUUCAUGCCAAUCAUCAGGAACUGCUUCGAGAGGUGCAGACACUGCGUGACCAGCUGUGCACAGAGGAUGAAGUCAGAUCCUACUCCACAGCCCAGAAGCUCCUGCAGGUUUACAAGCAGCUCCGCAACCCUAGCCUUGUCCUGUUGUGACCAGCUGCUGGCCAGCUUCUCCUCACUGUGGGACACACUCCAGGAUGAGUUCUGGGGCUCGCCUGGCAGCACCCCUCCACUGAAACCGCUGCACCCCUCAUGGGAAGUAUCGUUGCCCAAAUACCCGGGCCAUGGAGACACAGGGCUUCUGGGGUUUGGACUUGUGGGUGUGGGACCGUCCUGCCGCUGAUCCUGCCGUACCCUAGGAGCACUGGCUACCUCUCUGGAGCCACCAGGUGGCAGAGUGCCCACCGCAACCAAAGCACAAAGACCAUGGGAGGGCUCCUACAGAUGCUGGUGGCUUGAGCCACCUCCAGCCCCGUGUCCCAGCCUCCUCCUCCAGCUGGGCGGUGCCCUACUGCAGGUGUGGUGCUGUUCUCACUAAGGGAGGAGAGCCUGCCUGUGAGCUUUGCUCCUGCUCCUGCUCCUGCGGAGUUCUGUCUGUGUGGUGCUGUGCCGACAAAGCUGCCCUUUUCAAGCCGUC